GGAGUGAGUGCUGCGAAGAGACGGCGAUGGCGGCGGAGCAGCUCUAUCCGCGGAGCUCUAUCGAGGAUGACUUCAACUACGGCAGCAACGUGGCCUCGGCCAGCGUCCACAUCCGCAUGGCUUUUCUACGAAAAGUCUACAGCAUUCUGUCCAUUCAGGUUCUCUUGACCACAGUCACAUCUGCAAUUUUUCUGUACUCCACCGGAGUACAGGCAUUUGUUCAUGAAAGGCCUGCCUUGCUUUUGAUAUCUGUGUUUGGAUGUUUGGCUAUAAGCUUUGCACUGGCCCUCUACAGACACCAGCAUCCUGUUAACUUAUACCUGCUUUUUGGAUUUACCCUCCUGGAAGCAUUUACAGUUGCCAUUACAGUGAGUUUCUAUGAUGUGUCCAUUGUCCUGCAAGCCUUCAUUCUUACGACUGCUGUAUUUCUUGGACUGACUGCGUAUACCUUGCAGUCAAAGAGAGACUUCAGCAAAUUUGGAGCAGGGCUCUUUGCUUGCUUGUGGAUUUUAAUCUUCUCAUGUUUCUUGAUGGUGUUUUUCCACAGUGAAAUAAUGGAGCUGGUGUUUGCUGCUGCCGGAGCGCUUCUCUUCUGUGGAUUUAUUAUUUAUGACACUCACUUGCUGAUGCACAAGUUAUCCCCUGAAGAGUACAUACUGGCUGCCAUCAACCUUUACCUGGACAUCAUCAAUCUGUUCCUCAACCUGCUACGUUUACUGGAGGCAUUUAAUAAGAAGUAAUAAGCGGGGAUGUGGUUGAAGUACCCGAAUAGUAUUGGCUUGGAUGAUCUACAAACUGUGUGCUCUCAUCUUUUAGAGACUGAAUCUUUCUUUCUCUUUCACUGUGUGAGUACUCAGCCCUCCUUUGAGGUGAGGGGGAAGCUCUCAGUCUACGUUCUUCUCUAGAAUAUGUAUUUUGGUUAGUUGACGUGGUGUAUCCAAUUCCACUCCAUUUUUUAUUUACUUAACUUGCACUUGAUGUAAUUCACAAUUAAAAUGUUUGCCAAUUUCUGAUUGCUCCGGGUCGUGCUCUCAGAAAGUCUCUGACUGCAAUUUUGUAGCUGCUGGAAACGUUUCCUCUGUGAUUGGCAGUGUAAGGCAGCGUGAAGGCAGGCAAAUGUAAUGUAUGUGCAGUGUUUUACUGAGUUAAAAUUUCUUUUAGUCUUGGUUUGGUAAAAUGGAAUGCUGUCUGUGAAAGGGAGGUUCUGCUCUUAACAUUGAGCCCUUAUGUGAGCUGGGAGAUUAUGAGGUCGCUUCACGGAGACGCUCUUCAUUCAUUAAGGAUGAUUUAUUGCCUAUCUUUCAGUGUUUUGGAAAAUCAUUUGAAGCUGGAUUCUUGUGUAUGUUAAGGUUAAUGGUCUUUCAAUAAGAAAUUAGAAAAUCUUCAGUCAAUUCUUGCAGCAAAGCAUGGCUGGAAGGCGUAAUUCCCACUGCCGGGCCACUUCUUCCAGCUGGGCUGUGUGCAGAGCUGCUGGAAUCCUGGAGCAACUGGCAGCAUUACAGCUUUGAAGCCUUUUCUUACUUCUUGCUCGGUGUUGAAGCAUUGUUAUCCCGUGGCUAUCCUGACCGUGGGGUGUUGGCAGAAAGGCUCCCUGAUGCCUAAGGAGCAUUCCAUUUCCUACCAGCAGCAAGAACAGCGGGUGCUUUCCAUGCUGGAAGUUUGCUAACAAUAUUGCUAAGUACAGCUAUAACUUGUUCGAGCGAGUGUGGUGGUCUUUCUGUCUUACAAAUUAAGAAAUGCAUAGAAGUAACCCAAAUAAAAUCCUGACUAUUUUCCUUGUA